UGGAGGCCGACGUAUUGUACGCUUGUGGAUACGCUGAGCGAUUGGAUCAAAAGGAAUAUCAUCAACAUGGUGAAAGUAGACGUCAAGUACACUAAGCUAUUUAUCAACAAUGAAUGGGUAGAUGCUGUCAGCAAAAAAACCUUCCCUACCAUCAACCCACAAGAUGAAACAGUCAUAACACAGGUCGCUGAAGGAGAUAAGGCGGAUAUUGAUUUGGCCGUCGCCGCAGCAAAGAAAGCAUUCCACCGUUAUUCCCCAUGGCGUACCAUGGACGCUUCUCAACGCGGCCUCCUAUUGCUUAAGCUAGCCGAACUUCUAGAAUCCCAAUCUAGAUACCUAGCUGAGCUAGAGACUUUAGACUGUGGAAAACCGGUAAAACAAUCCGAAGAAGAAGUAUACUUUUCCGCAAGCGUGCUCAGAUAUUACGCUGGAAAAGCGGACAAGAUAUUAGGAAAUACCAUUCCUUCAGACGGAGAAGUCCUUACGUUCACCAUGAAGGAGCCUGUCGGAGUGUGCGGUCAGAUAAUACCGUGGAAUUACCCCAUACCAAUGAUGUCUUGGAAAAUAGCACCAGCCUUAGCUGCAGGAUGUACCGUUGUUCUGAAGCCAGCUGAACAAACACCGCUGACUGCGCUCGCUGUUGCCGCCCUGGUCAAAGAAGCGGGCUUUCCACCGGGGGUUGUCAAUGUCGUUCCCGGAUACGGUGCGACAGCGGGCGGUGCUCUUACUCACCACCCAGAUGUUGACAAAAUCGCUUUCACUGGCUCCACUGAGGUCGGCAGAAUCAUCUUAGGAGCUGCUUCAGCUGUUAAUUUGAAACGUGUAACUUUGGAACUCGGCGGCAAAAGUCCGCUGGUAGUUUUCAAUGAUGCUGACGUUGAAAAAGCAGCACAAAUCGCUCACGCAGCGGCUUUCGCAAACGCCGGUCAGUGUUGCUGCGCCGGAACCAGAACGUACGUCCAAUCCGGUAUCUAUGACAAGUUUGUCAAGAAAGCUGCCGAGAUCGCAGAAAAGAGAUCCGUCGGAAAUCCCUUCGAUGACGUCCAACAAGGACCACAGAUCGAUGAAGAAAUGUACAAGAAAGUGCUCAACUACAUCGUAGCUGGUAAGGAAGGUGGCGCCAGGUGCGUCGCAGGUGGAGACAAAGUCGGAGAUAAAGGUUACUACAUCAAACCUACUGUCUUCGCUGAUGUUCAGGAUGACAUGAAAAUUGCCAGAGAAGAGAUCUUCGGCCCCGUUCAAAGCAUUCUCAAGUUCGAAACGUUCGAUGAGGUGGUGGAUCGCGCUAAUGACACAAAUUACGGCCUGGCUGCUGGUAUCAUCACUAACGACAUCACCGUAGCCAUGAGUUUCUCUAAGCACGUUCGCGCUGGAUCUAUCUGGAUCAACACUUACGAACAUGUUACGACUCAGACUCCUUUCGGUGGAUUCAAAGAUUCUGGCCUUGGCAGAGAAUUGGGUGAAGAUGGAAUUAGCCAAUAUUUGGAAACUAAAACAAUUACUAUGCACGUACCGAAGAAGCCGGAGUUCUAAGCGAACCUACGAUUUUAAUUGUGUUACCUUUAUACUUUUGUAAACACGUUUAAAGUUAAUUAUAUUCUUAUUCAUUAA